GAUAUUCUCUCAUUUCGAGUUCAUGUUGUAGCACCUAUCUUGAAUGAUAAAUUGUGCUUCUCUAAGACAAUUAAGUGUGUGUAUUAAGUGUUUGUGUUGUUUGCAUUAAGGACUGAUGUGUUAAAAGAUUUUCUCAAUGUUUAUGCUGUGCCACAAGUUCAUUUCAAAACCAAUGACACUGUAUGAACUCGAUGUGCGUUUUGGCCAUUUUACUUGGCUUGCGUUGGUGAUUCGUAUAUAGUCACGUGACCUAAGUGGUUUUCGGAUCAAUGGCGCCAAAUGACUUUUACGGAAAAUGUUUUAUAUUGUUUGUGGAUGGAAUCUAAAAUACCAACAUGUGAAUGAUGUAACAUUCUACACAAUGUUACUACCACGUUCAAAGUGUAAGGCUAUAAAAGGGUCGUGAACAUGUAGGUUGUUAAAUAAGUAGUCAAGAUGUCGUUGCGAGGCACAAAGCGGGCGACUGGGAUGCGUGGGGAGGAGGCUGGCACAUCCAAGCGUCGGAGGACAGAGCCGGAGGAUGCUCUUUGGCAGCUUCGGCCUGUCAGUGACCUCAAAAUGUCAUCUAUAUAUAACAGAAAUGCCUCUGAGGCACCUGCUGAACUAUUCAGGAAGGACCUCAUCAGUGCGAUGAAACUUCCGGAUUCAGAACCACUAACACCAAGUGAGUACUGGAUCAUCACUGACACAUGGAAACAAGACUGGGAACGAGGGGUACAAGUACCUGUUAAUCCUGAUUCACUACCAGCUCCAAAAGUUAAAAUCAUUGAGAAUCCAAUGCCUCCCAACUUUCAAGAGUUCAAAUUACCUAAAGAUAAGUACAUACAUUUAACGCGCGACGUACACUACCAAUCCGAUCAACAUUUGCUCAGUUCUACUCCAGCUAAAGCAGAAGCCGCAUGCACUUAUGACUUGGAUACCACAGAUACAGCAUGGCUCAAAUUGUUGAAUGCAGAACGAGCGCGGGCUGGUGCCCCUUCUGUUACAGAAGACCAACUUGAGAAAGUUAUUGAAGAAUUAGAGGUCCGAACAUGGGAUAAAAUCCAAGCCAUCAUUAAAUCUGAAGAGGGAUUAGGCAUUGAGUAUGAUGAAAACGUCAUUUGCGAUGUGUGCCGAUCACCUGACUCUGAAGAUGGAAAUGAAAUGGUGUUUUGUGAUUCUUGUAACAUUUGUGUACACCAAGCAUGCUAUGGCAUAACGGUUAUACCUGAUGGCCAGUGGUUGUGUCGGCCCUGUGGGGCUGGUAUUAGACCAACCUGUGUGUUAUGUCCCAACCUUGGUGGAGCCAUGAAGUGCACACCGUCUGGACACAAAUGGGCGCAUGUUAGCUGUGUGCUUUGGAUUCCAGAAGUGUCUAUAGGUUGUGCAGAAAAAAUGGAACCCAUAACUAAAAUAACCUCUAUACCAGCUUCACGCUGGUCAUUAGUUUGCGUCUUGUGCCGUGAACGUAAAGGUGCUUGUAUUCAGUGCUCGGUAAAGACUUGUAAGACUGCUUAUCAUGUUACUUGUGCAUUUAAACAUGGACUAGAAAUGCGUGCAAUUAUAGAAGAUGAAAAUGCAGAUGAUGGUGUCAAAUUACGUUCAUAUUGUCAAAAGCAUAGUGUUAAUUCCAAGAAAGAAAAAUGUCCGGGUUCUGGAUCAGAAGAAGAAGAGGUGAAAAGAAAGAGGCGAAAAGACAUGACUUCAGAGGAAAAGACGCAAGCGCGGGCGGCGCGUCUUCAAGAAAUAGAGGGAGAAUUUGAUCGUCAUGUGACAGUAAAAGACAUUAGUACACAUCUUUUAGAUAUUGAUCAAGAUGCUAUUCAUUACAUUUACAAUUACUGGAAAUUAAAGCGAAGGGCUGGAUAUAACCGCCCUCUCUUACCUCCUAAAUCAGAUGAUCAUGAGCUCUUAACUCAUAGGCAAGAGCAAGCAGACCUUGAUAAAAUGAAAAUGUUUGUUCAGCUAAGGCAAGAUCUGGAGAGAGUGCGGAAUUUAUGUUAUAUGGUUAGUCGAAGAGAGAAACUUUCCCGAACAUUCUUUCGCAUGAGAGAACAAACAUUUCAUAAACAAAUUGCAGUAUUAACGGAAGACCCAGCAAUAUCUGGUCCAGAUCUUGCUGCUAUUAUUGAAGCUAAUCAUGGACCAUCAAUUUAUGAUAGAUUAUAUUCACACCCAAAUGCUCCAGACCAUAAAAACGAUUUUGACGAUUUACUUGCUCGUAUAGCUCCCCAGGAUUCAAGUGAUGAGAAAAAGAAAGAUCGUAACGGUCUUGUACGAGGCUCAAAGACUGCAAAUCCAUAUAAAAAGCAUUAUGUCAAUGGAUCACGUAGAAGUGGCAGCAUGUAUAGUGGUUACUCUAGUGAGGAAAGUGGUGGUGAUAUAGGUCGCUCAAGUAAAUAUCGUGGCAGAGCUAUUGGUUCAACUACUGACGAUGAUUCGAAAAAGCCAGCUACAUCUCCAAAGAAAAAAGUUUCACCAAAAGGAAAAGGUAAAAAAUCACCUAAAAAAGUUGAAAGGAAGAAAAGGAAGGUACCACAAUCUAAAGCAGUUGUAGAAAGCAGCAGUGAAGAUGACACUAUAAGUUCUAGGAUGAAAAAAGAUAGGUCCAGAAGUAAAACUCUACAACAAAUGGAAAAAGAAAUGACUGCUGGCAAAACUGGUCAAUCUGGCACAGACAGUGAUGACUUGAUUCCAAUAAGAACUACAAGAAACAGUAAAUUUCCAAUGGAUAUUUAUUCAGAUAGCAGUGAUGAUGUUUCAAUUAAGGAAGAAAUUAAACCUGGAAAGUCAGGUAAGGCUAAAAAUGAAAAAUCUAAAUCUGACAAAGCUAAAGCAGGGAAAUCUAGUAAUGAAAAUGAUUCACAACAGCCAUUACCGCGUACUAAAGCUGCAAUGAAAGAGUUUAUUCCAGCACAACCUGAAAAGAAAACAGAUCCCAUUGCAGAUAAACCGGCACCUAAAAAACGUGGACGAAAACCUUCAAAUAAAGAUAAAAAGACCCCAGUUAAAACUAAACCAGCUGAUGAAGAGGCUAAAAACAAGGAAAAUAUUAAAUUAGCUAAACAAAAAGAUAAUCCUACUGAUUUAAUAGUUCCUCAAAGGCAGGCUGCUAAAAAGGCUUAUGAAAACAUCAGAUCAACUACAACUGUGAAAAAAGAAGACUCCAGUACAGAUAAACAAGUUAGUGGAGAUGAUUCAAAAUCCAAACCUAAAUUAAAAGCAAAAGAAAAAGAAGUUAAGGAUAUUCCACAAAAAGUAGGGAGAAAAAAGUCAUCAAAAGAUCAAGACAAAGAGCUAAUUGCUUAUGUUCCUCAACGUCAAGCUGCCAAAAAAGCAGCAGCGCAUAUUAAGAGUGGCUUAGGAAGUAAAGUUCCUGUUACGGAAACUGUCGAUACUGAGAAAAAGAAAGAUGCGGAAAAAUCUGAUACAAAACCUUCUCCUAAGAAAGAAGAAACUAAAAGAUCUAAAUCUCCUCAAAAAGAGAGUUCAAGUUCUUCAUCUAAUUCUAGCAGCAGUAGUUAUUCUUCAUCGUCAAGCUCAGAAGAAGAACAAGAAAAACCUGAAAUUAAACCAACAGCUAAAGCAAGAGAAAUAAAGCCUGCUCCUAGGCAGCCCUCUAUGUUUUCACCACCAGGCUCUAGACCUACAGUGGACUUGCCCUUUCUUGACAAGGUGUCAAGACCAUUGUCUUCAACAAGUGCCUCGAGUGAUACUGAUAGCUCUAAAGCAUCAAGAUUUUCUGGAUCACGAAGUCCUUCUCCCAAACGACCACGUAGACGCAGAAAGAGAAAAAGUGUCUCCAUUGAUGCGUCCCUCCACAAGGCCCCAGACAAGAAGCUUAAAACUUCCGACCAGGGGUCCGAGUGCAGGGUACCAUCACCGGCUUUUGAAGGAGAGGAACCGAGCAGACCCAGCGACACGCGUGCUUCCACGCGUGCUCGGACCAGAAGCACUACUUCAAGCGGAAAUAUGCCUAAUAAGUUUGAUACCCGACAGAGAAAACCAUCUAAAGACGACUCAACCCUUGCCUCUACACCAAAUAAAGUGUCCAAAGAGAGCAGCCAGCCCAUUGAGCUUACAAUUGCGAAACGGAAAGAGGACGAGGAGAUAAAGAAAGAAAAUGAUGUAAGCAUCCCUGCUGUGGUUACUGAUAUUGAUGUAAAAACAAUUAAACCCAAGGGUCGAAGUGUCUCUAUUGAAGAAAAAGUGAAACCAAAUGCAACUGAAACUACUCCCUUAAAAAGAACAAGUCCAAGGAAAAGUACUGAAUCAAAGCAUAAAAUUGUUGCUAAUAGAAGAAUGAGUGUAAAAGAUCCUCUUAUUAAAGAAAUUGUGUCACCUCCUAAAGAAAGUUCUAUGCCAACACCAAAAGAAAAGAAUUUCUCUCGGCGGAAUUCUUUAGCAACAGACAUUGCUAAUGUAUCACCUGUGAAGAAAGUAAUUGGAUCUAUUGAUCCUCCACCAGUUGACCUUAUUGAAAACAAACCUGUGGUCCAGGAAGAUGAUUUUCCUGUCAGUGAUAAAAAUUGGUUACCCAAGGCACCUAGCCCGAAUAAUCACCCACCGCCAGUAGAAAAGCCUGGUGAUCAUGAAAAGUAUAUGACAGAAGAUAAAUCACUAGAUUCAGAUUGUACAGACAAAAGUAGUAUAAAAAUGAUAGCAAAAAUACAAGCAAAUUUGAAUGAAAAUACAAUGAUCAAAUCUCCUAAGACCCCAAUGGAUGCAAGAACUAUUGAUCCUAUGGAUGUAGAUGCAAUUUCUCGAAAUAUUAGGAAACGUUCUCUUAUUGACAUGGAAAAGAAAUUUAUUACACAAGAUUCAAGCCAUGUUCAGGGUGUGGAAAUAUCUAAGAGUGCUAAAAUACCUUCUACCACCAAUCCUUUUCCUAAUAGAUCUGUGUUUUCACCAAAUAAAGACACUGAAUUAUUUGAAUUUGAUAAUAUGCUGGCUGUUGACGAUGGAUUUAACCAUGAAGAAAUCAUGAAACCAUUCACAUCAUACCCUGAGUUUUACUUCAAAGAAGAUUCAAAAGAACAAGGUGUUCAAGAGACUCAAAACUUGGUAGAAAGGUUAAGAAUGCAACUAAAUACUAAAAAGGCACCUAUUGAAUCUUCUACCCAAGAUAAUAAGGUACAAGAAGAAGAUGAUCCCACAACUCUAGGUAUAGAAAAAAGUGAUCAAGAUAUAUUAGGGACAAAGCCUGCCGUUUUACAUUUGCAUGAUAAAAAAGACUCUCCAAAUGACAUUCAAAGAACAAACCACUUUUCUAAUAAUUCUGAGUGUAUUAAUACACCUCAUGAUGUAAAUUCAGAGAAAGAAGGCACAAUACCUACACACAGUAAUGAUAAAUGGGUUGAUUUGUCGCAAAAUGAGUCUCAAAUUGAGAUAGGUGAUGAGGGCAAAUAUGAUAUCACUGAAGAUGUUAAGGAACCUACAACUGUCCAGUCUAUUAAUUCUGCAUCAGAAAUAGGAGAUACUAUUUCUCUAUCUAAACAAAGUGAUGAUUCGCAAUCUUUGUCAGUAGUAGAUCAUUCAAUACUUAGCAAUGACCAGGAGCUAACUCAAGAUAAUCAUACUUACGACAACAACAAUUCAAUGAUUCAUUCAGAUUGUGCUACUAUAUCGUCGCCAUAUAUAGGUCAUAGAGAAAGUAAAAUUACAACACGAAGAUCUUCAGCUUCUAGUACAAACUCAGAAGGCUCAGUUUGUUCUCAGAAAACAGAUGUGAAAUCACAUCUCAAUUGUCAAUCCCUUCAAGGAACUUUAAUACCAGAGAUUGAUGCAUAUCCAUUACCAGCAUAUUCAUGUCGUGUUGAACCAACAAUGCCACUAAAUCAAUAUACAACAUACCCACCUGAUGCCUCGCCAUUUUUGAGUUCAAUGGGAACAUUGCCUUUAUUUGGAGCAGGGCCAUGUGCUUCAUCACAAUUAACUUUACCAUCUCCAGCUGGAAUUUAUGGAUCAGGCUUACCAUAUACCGCCAGUCCUCUAAUACCACCGUUAACAAAACCAGCAUUCCCAUUAUGUGCUGCUUUCACUUCCUCAUCACAAAAUAUUGCAUUGACAACUGCUAUGAUAGCAUCACCAAUUCCUAAACAGAUAGAUUCACCACGGGAUGAUAUUGACGUAAGUGGGAGUGAUAAGCUAUCAAUACAUGUUGUUUCAAGUCCCAGUAUUAGCAUAGACUCCUAUAAUGAGUCAAGUAAUACCAGACCUCCAACUAAAAUGUCUAAUGACAGCAAUGAAACUAUAAUUAGUCUGACUACACUAGAUACUAAAUCUUCUCCAAAAGCGUUAACAAAAACAGUUUCCAAAUUUUCGGGUAAAUCACCAGGGAAAAGUCCAGGUAUAUCACCUAGACAAAGUGACAUACCAAAAGCAACCAAAAGAUCCAACAAUAAGAACAAUAGAAGUCAAAGAGGUAGAGGUAGAUCAAAGAGUCGAGGGCAAGGUAAUCAAUCUGGAGACUUUACUGGUAACUCAAUUCAAAGCAAACUUGUUGGAACUGUAUAUGACUUUGAUGAAGAAAUAGCAAAUGAUGGUGUUGAUCUUAAAUCAUUAAGAGAGAGACGAAAAUCUGUGGAUACAAAGGAUGACAGGAAAUCUGAACAUUCUUAUAAGGAUUCAUCUCAAUCUCCCAGGGCGGUAAGCCCUCAUCCAGCAAGUAAAAAUUCAAUAACUGAUACGAAAGAUAUUAAACCCUCUACACCUGAACCAGCUGAGGAACCACAAUCACCUGGUAAAAAUAAUUCUGAUAGAGGACCAGGUUUCACACAAGUGCACCCAGUUUUGCCAGGACCUGUGGAUAUGCGAACUUAUAAUCCAUUCGAAAAUCCAGCUCCACCGACAGGCGAUGCUUAUCAUAGUCACUUGUUAGCCUUUGCUAGUGGCACAGCUGACCAACAGUUGGUUGAUUUUGAUGAAGAAAUGGAGAAGAAGCUACAUUCUGCGCUCAUGGCUAGCAAACCAAAGCCUGGAACUCCAGCAGCAGUAGCAGCACAAGAUCUUGUUGAACCACCAAAAGAAACAUUCACACCACACUUGCCAAAAGUAUCAUUGAGUGACUCAAGGAAUCAGCUUAAGGUAAAAAUAAAAGGGCCAUUCUUAGAUGCCAAUUAUUCUGCCAGUUCUGUACAACCUGUAGUACCACAACCACCGCCACCAGCGCAUGAUUCAGCCACAAGUGUUUAUAACAUGUCUAACAGUGCUACCAGUUCUAUGACCGGGUCAACCAAUCUCAGACGAAUGCGAAAAAAGGAGCUGCUACGUCAAUAUUGGACACAAGACAUGAACAUGGAUGACCCAACGAAUGUAUCCAACGUGGGCAUCGCGCCGCCGCCAUCCGCGCCUCAGCCACUGCUUCGUGCUGUUAUUACAAUACCAAAAGCUGUAGCCUCUAUGACCAGUAUUCCUACUAGAGAAGACUACAAAAUUAUUGAUACACCAGUCGAAAAGAAAAAGCGAAAGAUAGCUAGUGGCCUUUCUCGAGAAUUAAGGCAUUUAAAAGUCAGCAUGAAUGAUGAUAUUGACCCAUCUGAUGAUGUUAAGUUGUCUAGUUUUGCUGGUAGCUCAAGUCAGGCUCAUAAACGGCGCUGUCGAGUAUCUACCAAACCUAAUCAGAGCAGUACUACAUCACCUACUGCUCCAAAAUUGAAAAUAAAAUUCGGUUCUAACAUUGUACCGCAUGUGAACGAAGAGCCAUCUGUAUUCCAAUUCAGGCCGCCGAAGAAACGACUACAGAGUAUACCCAAACCGAGCUUGGAAGAUUUAAAGCGUGAAAGUAUGAAGUAUAGACGAUUGGUGAUGGCCAAUUUUGAAGAAGAUGAGAAAGCAAAUACAGACAAAUAUAAACCUAGCAAAACAGAAAAACGGAAAAAGAAGAAGGACAAAAAGUCCGGAAAAGAAAAACUACAAGUCAUAAAUAGGGAAAGUCAAAGUGCUACAAAGCUGAUUAUAAAAAAAAUAAAAUGUACGAAAGAAGGGAAAGGGAAGCCGGUGAACCCUCAAGGAGGUACAAUAGCUGCAGCCGUUGCAGCAGCUCCUGAGCCGCCAGUGGAUCCCCUCGAAUUCGAUCCGACGAAGCCGGACCCGCUUGCUUUUGACUCUCCGUUGAGCUCGGACUGCAUUUCCGCGCUGCGUAGAGUGAGGACAGAUAAAGUGACCCCCAUUCGGUUAAAACGCAGCCCGCAAGGUUCCGGGUACGUGAUGGAGGCUGGGGCCAACCUCUCGCAGACGUCUGCGUCGGAGUCUUCGGCCCCCACAGCCUCCACGUCUGCGGCAGCAUCGCUUGAAGACAAUAAACAACGUGGAGUGAGGUGAUACAAACCGCGCAAACAACGUUAAACCGUGUGUUUUAAGUGAACAGUGAACAAUGUUGUACAGUAAUUUUCUAUUCCUAGUUGUAAAUAAACUCUUUAAAUGAUUUUAUUUAAUUCAAUUUUCUACGUAGUUUAUUACAUUAUUUAUUUGUAUAAAUCGAAAGCUCAAUGACUAACUUAAAGUUACUCUAAGGUGUAAAAGUUUGUGCGUUUUGUGAUGCACAAGUAAAUCCUAAUAUAACAUAUAUAUAUAUAUUUUUGUUAAUGUUACUAUGUUACUCCUGCCUCACUAUAAGGAAUCUCAUUUAGUAUAUUAUUAUCAUGGCAUACAUUCUUUAAGCUACUCUAUCACAAAGUACAUCACAGGCUGGCACGGCAUUAUUUUUUUAUUUUUUAUUUAUUAUUUUAUUUUAAAUAUUCUCUAAAAUUAUAGCCAAAAUUAUUUUCUACUAUCAUAAGCCCAAAAAGACUUCAUUCAAUUCUGCAUUUAUUAUAGAAGUAAAAAUUUGUAUAAAGCAAAAAGAAAAAGAUAUUAAGUUUAAUUAUUUAAAAAAAAACACUUUAUGUUAAACAAUUUUAUGAAUUAUUUUUGUGUUUAUUAUUAGUGGCUUUUUUGAAAAAUUAUAAAUGGACAGGCCAUAUACAAAUUAUAAAUGGAUAGGCCAAUUAUACCAGCCAUUUGUGAUUUUUUUGUUGACUGCACAAAUCAUUUUAAUGUAACACCUGUGUUUACUAAUUUACACCUGUACUGACAUUAAUUAAGAGUACUAUCUAAUUAUAAAAGCCCUUUACAAUCUGUUUAGCAUGUUUAGCAGAUUCAAAUUCAUACCAUUAUAUUUUUAACAAUGAUAGAACUCGAACUUAGCGAAUGGAUUAUAAUUUUUUUUUUAGUUUAUAAGGAACUAGCCCACAACUUUGUAAAAUCAAUUUUUUUUUAAUCUGUGGAUUAUUUCGGGAAAAAAGGAGCCUAUGUUCUGCUCCAAGGUCCACUUUUUCUCUAUGCCAAAUUUCGGUGAAAUUGGUUCAGCGGUGUAUAGCUCUGAAAGGUAACAGACAGACAGAUGACAGACUUACUUUCGCAUUUAUAAUAUUAGUAUAAAUUAUUGCUUUAUGUAUAAUAAUAUUAUCUAUAUUAUUAUACAUUUACCCAUUAAAAAUUACCACUAAUGCUUUAAGAAACCUCUAUGAAAUUAUGUUAAUUUUGUUUUAAAACUAGCCUACGCCCGCCACUUGAAACGCCGCAUGAAAUUAGUUUUUCACAAAUCAUGGAUUUUUCCGAGAUGAAGUGUUGCUUUUAUGUUGCUCAAUAAAUUCCUCUAUGUUCCACAAAAUGUUCCAUCAAUAUCUGUUUAUCCAUUUCAGAAAUUAGUUUACAUAAACAGAUUUAUUUAAAAAAACAGUUUUAUAAUUCAGUAUUGCGUAAUGUUUAUAUUACACUAUAUUAUAAAUGAACUCUUGAAUUAUUAUGAAGUCACAAAGGGAUGUUUUGUACACACACUUAUGAGAUCCUCUUAACAAGUCUUUCAUUUCAUAUGUCACAACAGCAAUAAUUCACAUUUUAUUUUGUAAAUUUAUGAUAAAUUAAAAAAUUUACUAUAAAAAUAUAUGUAUUUUAAAUACCCUAAAAAGGUAUAUGAAUUUUAAAUUUCCUUAACAUAGCUCUUUCGCUUUUGAAAUUACACACGAUGAUAUUUAGAAUAAAUCACUUUAAAGAACAUUUUAAAUUAAAAAAUUUUCAAAAUGUUAUUUUACUACUGUUCACAUUAUUAUUGUACAUAUUUAAUCUAAAUUACAGCUUUCAAGUAGUAAUAGUCUCUGCGCUAAACCGCGGACAGACGGACGGACGAACAGAUAGACAGACAUGGCGAAGCUAUAAGGGUUGUAGACUACGGAACUCUAAAAAAUCAUUAAAAUCCAUUCAUUAUAAUUGAGUUCUGUUAUAUAAACCCAAUUUAAUUCGACUAGUUCAGCGGGUUGUGAGUGCUGUAAAAUAAAUAUAGAUGAAUAUUUCAAUUUUGCCCGUAUAAUAUAGAUUAAUUAUUUUUUACUAAGACAAUCUUAUAAAAAACUAGCUGACUCCGCACGGUUUCACCCGCGUGUUUUCCGUUCCCGUAGGAAUACGGGGAUAAUAUAUAGCCUUUCUCGAUAAAUAGGCUAUCUAACACUAAAAUAAUUUUUUAAAUCGGACCAGUAGUUCCUGAGAUUAGCUCGUUCAAGUAAACAAACAAACAAACUCUUCAGCUUUAUAAUAUUAGUAUAGAUUUAUAUAAACUUUGAAUUGAUAAAAAUGUGAAAUUUAAAUUUUCACUUAAAAUUUUGAAUGAUAAUAUUUUUGAAUCAGGGCCUCUUUCGGAACUUUGUUGAUUAAUUAUAAAUAAUGUACAUUAUUUUAGAUGUUUUACAUACAAUAAUAAUUUUAUAUAUAAUUUUUUAAAUAAAUAUACAAUUUUAUUUGUACUAAAAUUAGUAAAUAUGUAAUUAAUUGAGAGCUGGUCUCUUGUGUAUAUUGUAUAUAUAUUAAUAAUAUUGUUUAAUACUUUGUUGUCCAAAAUCACAGAUGUAUUUUUAGAAAUUUUAAUUGUAUAUAAUUUGUUGUCACCUUUAAUUUUAUUCUUUUAAUUUCAAUGCCCUGCCAGUUACAAUUUACUAAGAAAUACCCCUAAUUUUAGCUCAUUGAUAAUAAUUAAACAAAUAUUUUUUAUUAUUGGCAAUUUCUUAAAAUGAUUUAUUAUAACUCCAACAAUUAAUUUUGGAGAUAACUGAAAAACAUAAACAAAUGUAUAAAAAUCAAUCAUGUAUUUGAAACUUUUUGGCUGUGUCAUAAAUAAUCCAUAAUAUCAUGUAGAAGAGGCUAUAGUAAUUGAUUUCUAAAUUCCUGCUAUGCAAGUUUUGAGAUUUUAUUGUUUUGACUGUAUAAACAGUAAAAUAAAAUCAUAAUUAAUUUUCGUAAUACCCCAUCGGGUAUCAUUUAUUGUUACAUUAAUUUUUCAAUGAAUUUUAUAAGUUUUUACAUAAACAAUAAUUUUGUAAAAGUCGAAAAGUCUAUGAUUUUUUUAUAAAAUCUUUAUUUAUUAUUCAUUUGACAGAGUCUUCAUAGCAUUAUUUAAUAGUCUUAUAUCUGCAGAUGCAUUAUUUACGAUACACCUUUUGUUAACAAAAUCAAUAUUGAAAAAAAUAGUAUCCAAGCAGUAACUUGUAAGAGUAAUUCGAAACUCAAAAUAUUUUGCUGCUAAAGUGUUUUUCAGAUAGCAUUGGUACGGUGACAGUUGCCUUAUGACGUUCAUAAUAUGUACUAUUGUCGUGAAUCGCGGCAAACUUUCAAGAGUGAAACGAAUUGUCACUGUACCCAUGCUAUCUGAAAAACACCAAGUUUUAUUUCUUACACUGUGUAACAGAUGUGUACCAAAUUCAUUGUCGGUUUUUAUACUAGGUGUAGAACUUGAAAACAAUUGCUUUUUAUUUUACAGUUUUUAAUAUUGCUGAUUUUUCAAUACAUUUUAAUUUUUUUUAUCUUUUUAAUACUUUUAAUAAUAUUCCAUAUUUUUCAAUAAUAAUCUUAAUUUUUUUUUUAAAUUUUAAUCAUAUAUAUUUUGCCUUGCAAUAAAUUUAAUUUUAUUUAUUAGCUAAAAUGUUAUUUUUGCUUAAACAUAUUAAAAUUUCAUCAAAGUCCUGCAAAUGCUUUAAUUUACACUCAGUAAAUUAUCAUAUUUUGAUGACGUUAUAAAUACCCAUGCUAAAGUAUAUUGCAUUUAUUGAAUUUGGAAAGGUAUGAUUGUGAAAUAAACCCUUUUUAAAUAUAUUUUGUUUGUUUGUUUUUUUUUUUUUUUAAUUUCUGGUAGUUUUUAUGUUUCUAUUUGCAUAUCAUUUUACGCAACUCUUAAUUGUUUUAAGAAUAAUUUGAAAUGUAGAAUACUGUAUAUUGGACUGACUGGCUUGUCGAUUUUAUGAGAUAUUUUCUAUACACUUUUAUGUGCAAUAUUUGGCAAUACUCAUCGGAAUAGUCAAGGUUUAAAGGCCUAGAUGGGGUGUGUUAGUUUUUAAGUACGUGUUUAUUAAGUGUAUUUAUGUCGUGAACAUUAUUUUAGUGCAUUGUAAAUAUUCGGUUAUAAGGCGUGACUGGAUUAUAACGAUUAACACCAAUAAGACAAUUCUGGCGCAAUUUCUGGGAAAGUCGAAAAUAAUUGUUUUCUUACCCUAACUUCUGCAAUUUUAUAUAAACCAUUAUAAUCCUACUCCUCCCCAGUGGGAGGAUAUGAUAUGUUAAUUAAUGCACAUUGCCAACUUUUGAAGCGUGCUUUGUCAGUCAACAAUUGGAUUAUAAUGGGCUUAAAAUAUAUACAGGGUGCUUGGGAGUGUGUCCCAUAAAUCUGGAGUGAUAUUCCUUACCGAAAACUUAUUAAGAAUGUUCAAGGAACGUGUGUUCUAAAAUUGAUAUUUUCUGAGUAAAUAAUAUUUCUUUUGUAAAUAGAUAUUAAAAUGUGUCCCUUAUAUGCAUAAUUAUAAUUAUGACGUAGCCAAGUUUACGUAUCUUAGAAUGCAAGGAUAGAUAAAGGCGUGUGUUACAUGGAUAAUCGGAAUCAUUUGAAUUACUUUGUAUGAAAACAUAAAAAGUUUUUAUUAUUUUGUUAAAAAAAUAUUAGUUAUGCAGUUCGGCUCCUAUAAGUGGACUCGUCAAUACCUUGAAGUUAUGGGAAAUACUCCCGAGCACCCUGUAUAAUGAAAUGAAAUUAUAAAUUUUAUAUGUGAACUUUAAAUUGUAGGGGCUCAUAUUACAAUGAAGUAGCAAUGUUUUCGACUUUUGGUUAUUCAUUGGCCACAGUAUCUAGUUGAGGGUCGACGUCAUGGUAGUUAUAUCAUAGUUAAAUCUGCCUAUGUCAAAUACCAUAUACAUUUUAUAUUCACAUAGUGAUCACAUUCACAAAGGACACCAUAGCGUUGAUUCUCGUCUAUGGUAUUCUGCACGGAUUAUGUAAACAAAAUGUAUCGAGGUCAUAUUCGAUUCGUGUCAUAAAGACAUUUAUAAUGGUACAAAAAAAGAAAGUAUGAUAUGUGUACACACAUAGUACUACUACUCGAGUACAGCGUAAUGUACAAGACAAACACAUCUCCGGAAACAAAUUAUUGCUUUCAAAACCAUUUGACAAGACUUUUAUCUAUUAUUGACUAGGCAUGCAUGAUAGGAGUACUUAGGCGUAAAGGUUUUCAUUGAUUUUUGUAAAUAUGUAUUAAUUCUCUGUCAUCUUUCAUUGUAAUGUAAAUGUCUUUAAAAUACGGAUUUUUUAAUAUGUUUUCUCUAGAUACAUUUUUACAUCAAAUUUGCUGACAUCCUGUUAGGAUAGGCGUCCACAUAUCCGCAACGUAAGUACUGACAGAUUAAAUUUUACGAUAGAUUCGUGGGAUACGUACGAUGCGUAUCAGUGGUCGCACUUGUAGGACUUUGUAUACAAUGUAUACUACGAUCUGUUUGAUGCGAUGCAGCCGAUAAUUACGACGCAGAUAUGUGGACGCCUAUCAAUAGGUGAGGUUUGCGUGCACGAAUGAACAACUUUAUUGCAACAACAGCGAAAAACAACGCAAUGCGCACACUUUCAUAUAAAAGAGAUUGAUUAUUAAGAUAUUCAAUCUGUUUUGACCAAACUGUUGUUGAGAAAAAUCUCUCCCGUGGACGCAGGCCGGUGUAAAACAUACUUAAAACCAAAAAAAAAACUUGAAGUUUGCCAUUUGUUAAUAUUUUGAUGAUGCUUGAUGGCAUUUAAGUCACAAGCCCGCCGUAAGUGUUCAUUUACACGAGCGGCUACUGCUACCGACGAUUUCUCGGCGGCAGCCAACGGGAGUCAACUGCAAUCGGCGACCGCCCUCGACCGCCGCCGAGAGUCGACUGCGGUCGUCAGCAGAGUUGCCGCUCGUGUAAAUGAACCCUAACAUGUAAUGCUGAACUGUGAAGGAAUACCACCCGUUUGUUUAUUAGACAGCGCACAGAUAUAACUAUGCAUCGUCUCAUGAUAGGCGUAUGCCAUGCUAUUUAUUAAUAAAUAAUCGAUGUGUUAAAUGUUGCCAUAUAUCCAGAUACCUGCGAGUGUAGCUUAGUUGUUACAAAUAAAUACUAUGUUGCGUCUUAUUUCUAUACAGGGUGCUCGGGAGUAUUCCCCAUAACUCUGGGGUUAUAUUUUUUACCGAAAAUUAAUUAAAAUUGUUCAACGAAUAUGUGUUCGAAAAUUUAUAUUUUCGGGGUAAAUAAUAUUUCUUUUGUAAAUAGAUCUUAAAACGUGUCCCAUAUACGCAUCAUUAUAAUUUUGACGUAGCUAAGUUUUACCUAUUCUAAAAUGCAAGGAUAGAUAAAGGCAUGUGUUACAUGGGUAGUCGGAAUUAUUUGAAUUACUUUGUAUGAAAACAUAAAAAGUUUUUAUUUUUUAGUUUAAAAAUAUUAGUUAUGCAUUUCGGCUCCUGUAAGUGGGCUCGUCAACACCUUGAAGUUAUAGGAAAUACUCCCCAGCACCCUGUAUAAUUGUAGGCAUAAUAAUUUAAUUGGUGGACAUUAGAUGUUUCCUAUUGUAUAAUUGAUGUUUGUAUGUGGAAGCGAUGUUCAUAAUAUUUAUACAAUUUAGAGUUAAACUCUGUUUAUACAUGUCUAUGUCCAAUAUUCAUAAUUAUGUUAUAUAUGCAUAAUUGCAUAUAGUCAGUUCAAGGCAGAGAUUAAACAAGAGUUUUGUGAAAGUGGCUCCAUUAAUUUAUUUGCAUUAUUAAAUAAUUUUACUCAUCCGUCCAUCGGUCGGUGGAUUCAUAUAUACAGUGUGUUUAAAAACCUGUCCGAUGUUAUUAGGAUGUAAUAUGUACAUAGGUAUAAUGAAUUGGUUAUAUUAAUGAAAUCCCGUAAAAUAUAUUGUUUUUUACACUGAUUAAAAUGAAAUUUUCAAGGACAAAGCUCUAAAUAUAUUGUACUCUUAAAAAUAUAUUAAAAAAAUGAAUUUUUUCGAAUCAUCCAAUGUAAUGUAUAUCUAAAUGUAAUAUUUUUUAUUUAAAGUUUAACUCUUCUUUUUAAUGUGCCUGGUUUCCUUCUAUGCACAUCGUAAUGUCCUCUUACUUUUUCUGGGUUCUCUACCCUGAAACUCGUCAAGAUGAAACCUAUGGGCUAGCCGAAACUGCAUGUAGGUAAUGCAUAUUUUACAAAAAAUUACGGUUUUACUUUAGUAAAAAUUCGCACAUUUGAUAUUUUGAUAUCAAGUUAUAUAAUAAAUUAUAUUUUAAAUAAUGAGAUUUCAAUCAAUCAAUCAAUCAAUUUAUUUAUUUGCAUUUGCAGAUACAUGCGUACGUAUAUAUACAGGUGGUAUGUUGAUGUAAAUGGUAAAUGUAUCUUGCCGAUAUGGCAUGCAAAUUAUUUAUAAAAAUGCUAAUAAUAUUUAUGCCUCGGACAGGGUAUUUUUAAUAAUGUGUUUUUUAGAUGCUGAUCUCUCACAACUAAAUGAUUGUUUGGGUACUGACGAUUUAGAAUAGUUUAUAUUUAUUAUUAUUUAAAAAAAACCGGCCAUGUGCAUGUCGACCCACGCGAUGUGUAGGGUUCUGAACAUUAAAUUAGCUUUACUUUAAAUCCUUAUUUAAUGCACAAAAAUACCGAUAAAUUUCCCCAAACCGUGUGAUACACGAUAUAAAAUCAUCAGUUUGCAUGUUCGGAAGAAACCCUAAAAAUAUUAUUAUUAAAUUUUUAUUUACUACUGUCACAACGAUAUCCCACACUACGAUAUAAACGAGUUAAAUAAAAUUCAUCCUCACUUUACAUGUAUCAAAAAAAUCGUUUAUCAAAACUAUUUUAUGAAAAAAGUGAACAACUUAUUAAUGUACAUACUCAUGCGAAAUUACAGAUUUCUAGUAGUAAUAGCCUGCGCACAGACGGACGGACAGACAGACGUACAUGGCGAAACUGUAAGGGUUUCUUGUGGACUACAGAACCUAAGGAUACAUCAUUCAGCUGCGGGAGAUCAACAACUCAUCAACCAACAUCAACAAUUCAACAUAAACAUCACGUCUCAAUAUCACAGUUUUUUUUUUGUUGAUUUAUUUAUUUAUUUUUACUAUUAUAAAUACAUAGCAAAUUUUUUUUUUGUGAGUUGUUGUAUAGGCAGUCGUAACAAUUUGUAGAAUAAAUACACUGGUAAUUAAUUAAUUAUGUUUACAUAGUAUCAGCUUCUAUUUUCCUUAUUCUUAAUUGAGGUCGGCAAAACUUCUUUGCCUUUACUCCUUUUACACUAUAUCUUUAACAAAACCUAAACAUCUCUUCUCUGGCUUUCCUCUUUUCUUGUGUAUGUUCACGUCGUUGUCAUAGUAUAAUUAAAGGACACAUGAUUCUGCCGCGGGAAAAAAUCAACCAACAUCAACAAUUCAACAUAAACAUCACGUUUCAAUAUCACAGUUUUUUUGUUUAUUUAUUUUUAUUAUUAUAAAUCAAUUUGUAUAUUGUGUAACAAGUAAUCUUAUUCAUAAUACGUUUUCCCUGGUUUUAUAUCAAUUGAUGACUAAAGUAAGUGGGAUUCAAUGAUAUCAAUAAGUUCUGAGCAAAUAUAUUUUUUGUGAAUUGACAUUUCAUAUAGGUAGUCGUAACAAUUUGUAAAAUAAAUACAUUGGUAAUUAAUUAUGUUUUCAUAGUAUCAGUUUCUCAUUUUCCUUAUUCUUAGUUGGGAUCGGCAAAACAUGUCUCUCCCAUUCGCUUCUACCAUCGCCAGCUUCUAAUUUACUCCUUUUACACUACAUCUAUCACAAAAUCUAACCACCUCUUUGGCCUUCCUCUUGUAUGUGUUAAAGUCAUACGUUGUCAUAGUAUAAUUAAGACAUCCUGCCGCGUAAGAUCAACAACUCGAAAAAGAUCAACCAAAAUAAACAAAUCAACGUAAACAUCACGUUUCAUCACAUCACAGUUUUUUUUUGUUUAUUUAUUUAUUCAUUUUUAUUAUUAUAAAUCAAUGUGUAUAUUAUGUAAUGAGUAAUCUUGAUUUUUACGUUUUCCCUGGUUUUAUAUAAUUUUGAUGACUGUAAUAUUGUAAACAUUUAUUAAGUGGGAUUCAAUGAUAUCAUUUAAUUCUGAGCAAAUAUUUUUUUUUUGUAAAUAGACUAAUUUUUUAUAGGUAGUCGUAACUAUUUGUAAAAUAAAUACAUUGGUAAUAAUUAUAUUUAAUCAUAAUAAUAAUUGGUGUUAGUUUUACAUAUGAAUGUUUCACCAAUUUGUAGCUGUAAAUUAUAGUUAUUACACUGGUCAUUUUUGUCUAUCAAUAUAAUAAUGUCAAUAGGUAAACCCCAGACUAGAGCUUAUUAGAUGUUUCGAAUCUUAUUAUAAUUGGUAUAUAAAUAUACAUUUUUAGUGGUACGUAAUGCGUUUAACAAACACAAAUUUAUACAUAAACUUGCAUCAUCUAAGUCCCAUCGCUGUCUUUAAAAGAUAAAAGCAUACAGGUCGGAUUGUGAGCCUUUUCUUUUUUUGUAGUUUGUUAAAUAAGUUAAAAUACCGUGCAAAAAAUAUGCAGACAACACUAUACAAAAAUACACAAGUAAUAUUAUAAUAUUAAUUAAUUCAAACGUACCUCGGUCGAUUAAUAAAAAACGUAAAAAAUAGGUAUUUUUUAAAUAUAUAAAGCAUAUAAAAGCAAAUAGUCAUGCAUAUAAGCAUAGUCAUAUAAAAGCGAAUAUGAAACUUGAAAAUUAUAUAGCGUUUUCUAUAAAACCUCUCAUACGGCUUCUCUUUUCCUGAGACACAAAACCAGUUUAAUUCAAAAGAUUUUUAGUUUAACGCAAUCAGGCUCGACUUUGUUUUAUAAUUUUAUAGAUUACGUACUACGAUUACUUAAUAUGAUACAAACAUACUAAGUGUAUGAUUAUUGUAAAACAGCUGGCGUAUACUAAUCAUAAGUUAGUAAACUCAGAUUUCGAUAAUAAUCAUUUGUAUAUCAAGCAAAAAUGCACCGAAAAUGUGGGAAACCACCACAAUAGUGGCACUGGGCUUUGGCUCUGGAUAAAAUGUGAAAGUUGCAAAUAAUAAUAUAACAUUAAGGGUCGGUUUCACCACCUUCUGUUAACUUAACUGUCGGUUAAUCUAGCCGUAAGUUUUGUCACUUUCUUCCUUCAUGUCAAAUGACAAAUGUCUUAUUUAUUUAUUUAGCUUGUUCACAAGUUUAGUGAAUAAGUUUAUCAGACACUUCCAGAAGGUGGUGAAAUUGGUCCAUAAUGUCCACAUUGCCCACUUUUUGUACAUCAUAUAAUGGUAGUGACAAUUAAAUGUGAAAAUAAUAGCUUCGUUUGCUCAGAAUCUUUUAUUUAGUAUAUGUUUAUACUGAUCAGAUUUUAAACUAGGUUUUGUCUGUAUUUUUCUGUAUAUUAUAACGUCAUAAUUUAAAUGAUUCUGAUCGAGUUUUCAUGAAUGGGAUAAACAGUAUUUACCAUUAAGUUUUCAAACAAUUUAAUUAACAAAACUACAUUUAUCAAUUAAAUGGUAUUUAAACACAUCACAAUAUCUUAACCACAUAAUAAAUGUUUAGAACUUUGUAGUUAUCGGUGAUCUUGAAUGGUGAAAGUGAAUCAAUUGGCCAUAAGCAUGCCAACAACAAAAUCACACUUUGAUUGUCUUCCCACUUGUGUUUGUGUAUUCAUAAUAAAAAAAUGAUUAUUGUGUUAGUUGUUUACUCUUACUUGACUGCUUUAAACCUCGAUCAACAAUGACUUUUUCUCUUCGACUUUUUAAAUGAUGUUUAAGUCUGUUUUAUACAUUUAAUGUUAACGUCACCCUGGCAGGUACAUUGUGUAUUAUUAUUUAUACAUUAACUGUUAAAAACAUGAAUCAAAUAAAAUGUUCGAUCAGGGAAGGUAUUUUAUGGUCAGGAUCUGAUACUUGAUUGUUUGUAUGUUGUUGGCAGUUUGCAAAUGUCUAACGCACAAGCUGCCGCGUAGGUUGACACACUUCGGUUUAUUGUCGAUCAUUACCUUGUUACUGUGAUUUGUUUUAUCUUAAACAUAAAUAUUAAGAUUACGUAGAAGGCUUUUUAAUGAAGAUUCCGAUUACUGGAAAUAAAAAAAAUCAACGUUUUAUUAAUUUAUUGUAAAUAUAUUUCUAAAAUAGUAGGUGACUACAUUUCUUGAAUUAGUAAAAUAGUUUAUAAUAUUCAUCGAUAGUAUUGAUGUAAGCAUGUCAUAAUGGAUAUUUUAAAUGGAAUCUAAUGAUUUCUGGUACUAUAUUAUAAUCGUGUUAAAUUAGAUUUCGUGCUUUGAGCGCAUGAUUUUUUUUAUUGAGUAUUUUAAUUUACUGAGUGUUGAUUAUUAUAAAUGUUGUAUGGAAUUGUAACUUACUAUACUGUAAGUCACGUUACUAAAGAUGGGUGUUGUUUAUAUGUUUAUGUGUUAAAUGUACGUAAGCAGAUAUAGCACUUUAUGAUAGAGUUCGACAGAACCAACUCUGAUCUCUAAAUUAUUUACCUCCGGAUACUGAGAGACUGUUUAAAUUAAAUGACUCCCUAAAAUAUUAGUGAUGCAACUUUUAUUUUUAGUAGGUGUAAUUAUUUUACAUACAUUUCAUAUAUAAGUCACAUGUAGUAUAUUACAAUCCGCUAUCUUAGUACCCAUAACACAGGCUAUAGGUAUGCUUACUUUGGGGCUAAGGGAUGUGUGUAUUUUGGAAGUAUAUAUAUUUAUUUAUUAUUAUUUUAAGUUUUUGUAUUCUGGCUACAUCACAAAUGUCACAAAAAUGCGUCGCAUAUAAAAUUGGGCACCUCGUUAACGGUUAAAUAGUAAUUCAGUAUUCGGACGUGUCUCUACUGAAGAAAAUCGAUUAAAUCCUAUGCAUUACCUUUUUUAAGUAGUAGUUAGAAGCCUAUACACAAGCUAUGAUAUUGAAUGUUCAGGUAGCUCUCAGUGUUGGUUUACGUUAUAUUUAUAGAAAAUCAGAGUACAUGUUUAAAUUGCGCUGUAUAAUGUUAUAAAUUUAGAUUUAUAACUUUUAUGUGCCACAGCCGCAGAAAGUUAUACAAGUGUUAGCUAUAAAGUCAUGGCUGAGGACUCGUACCAGUCAUUAGGUUAACUGAAAUAAAUACAUAUAUGAUUAUUAUUUAUGUCUUAGUCAUUAAGUAAUAACUGUAAGAGAUUAACAUCUUAUACCACUAUCCGUUUAAGUAUUAUGAUCAACAAUAUUUCCAAUGUUUUAAAAACUUAGCAUGUUAGAAAUUAAUUUUCGUCGUUAAUUUGUACAAACUACUUAUGUACAGUGUGUUAUUUUAAGCGGAUGGUUUGAUUUGUCAGAGGCACGAGGAGAAAAUGUAACGCGGGUGUUGUAAAUAGUGGUAAGAUGGUCUUGUAAUAUAACAAGUGUUUUAAAUGUGCACAUAGUCGCCUCAUUCAUUAAAUAAAUUUUUAGAUCAAA